AAAUUUCAUAAAAAUGAUAUAUGUCAAUAAGUGUGGUUGGCUUCUUCUAACAAAUUUUUGUUUACUUUCAUGGUGUUGUAACAAUAUUUCUUGUGAAUGUUUUCUCCCGGAGGAGCCUAUUAAAUGCUCCUCCGGGAACUCGAAUUGCGUUAUUACCAAUUCGCAGGGCUCGUUCCCUGAUCGGAGCGUCUGCCAAGCUGCUGACGCUGUCUAUCCUACCACCGAAGCUGAGCUCAUUGAUGUUGUAUCAACAGCAACCAUGAACAAGAGAAAGAUGAAGGUAGCAACAAGAUACAGUCACAGCUUCCCGAAAUUAGUGUGCCCUGAUGGAGAAGACAGUCUACUCAUUAGCACAAAGAACAUGAACAAAAUAAUCAAAAUAGACAAACUGUCUAAAACUAUUACAGUCCAAAGCGGGGUGACGCUUGAGCAACUGAUCAAAGAGGCAGCGAAAGCGGAGCUAGCGCUGCCUCAUACGCCCUACUGGUGGGGCCUAACCGUAGGCGGAAUGCUGGGAACAGGUGCUCAUGGAAGUUCGUGGUGGAAGGGAGGAAGUGCUGUCCAUGACUAUGUUAUUGAGCUUAGAAUUAUUAGUCCUGGUGAGGCUAGUGAUGGGUAUCAUAAGAUUAGAACACUUAAGGAAGGGGAUGCUGAUCUUGAUGCAGCUAAAGUCUCACUUGGUGUUCUUGGAGUAAUUUCUCAGGUUACGUUGAAAGUAGAGACUUUGUUCAAGAGAUCGAUAACUUAUGAGACAAAGGAUGAUGACAACAACCUAGGAGAAGAGGCCAUAAGCUUUGGUAAGAAACAUGAAUUUGGAGACAUUACAUGGUAUCCUAGCCAACGACAAGUUAGUUAUCGUAUCGACGACAGAGUUCUUUCUAACACCUCCGGCAAUGGUGUCAAUAAACUUUUCGGUUUCCGUUCAAUUGCUUCACCCGUCUUAGUAUCCAAUCGAAAAAUAGAGGAAGUGGCAGAAAAAUUUGGGUAUGCAGAUUUAAAAUGCUUCUGGGGUAAUUCAACAACUGCAGCACUGGAAGCUAUAGCUUUUGGAUUGACAAAUAAUGGUUAUUUAUUUACUGGCUACCCAGUAGUUGGUUAUCAAAAUAAUGUUCAAUCAGCAGGAGGAUGCAUUACACCAGGAAAUUGUUUACUCCCAUCCUAUUGUGCAUGGGACCCAAGAGUGAAGGGACAAUUUUUCUUCAUAAAUGGAUUUAGUAUAUCAAUCUCUAAAGUGAAGAACUUCCUAAAAGAUGUACAACAACUUAUAAAACUUGAGCCAGAAUCCUUGUGUGGAUUAGAACUAUACAAUGGCAUUCUAAUGAGGUAUGUUACCGCCUCGAGUGCUUAUCUUGGAAAAGACGAAGAUGGAAUAGACUUCGAUAUAACUUAUUAUCGUAGCGAAGACCCGUUAAUUCCUAGGAUGUUCGAGGACAUACUCGAGGAAAUCGAGCAAAUGGCUAUGUUUAAGUAUGGGGGCGUGCCACAUUGGGGUAAAAAUCGGAAUGUAGACUUUGUGGGUGCCAUCAAUAAGUAUAAGAAUGGGAACAAGUUUUUGGAUGUGAAGCAAAGGUAUGAUCCUUUGGGAUUGUUUUCAAGUGUGUGGACUGAUCAAGUUUUGGGAUUGAAAGAUGGAUUGAGUAUUGAUAAAGAAGGGUGUGCCCUUGAAGGGCUUUGCUUGUGUUCUAAGGACAUUCAUUGUGCCCCUAACAAAGGCUAUUUUUGUAAAUCGGGUAGGGUUUUUAAAGAAGCUAAGGUUUGUAGAAAGGUGAAGUCCAAUGGAGAUUUUUAAUUUAGGAAAGAUAUUUGUGUGAGCGAUCUUUAUUCUUAUGCGAAAUUGUAUGUUGUAAUUAGAUUAUUUAUAAUUUGUUAAAUUAAUGUUAAGUCAGAUGUUUAAAGACAAUAUAAGUUUUUCUUAUAAUUAGAGUUAAAUAUAUAAUUUAAAACAAAGAGUAGAUAAUAUUGAACUCGUGA